AACAAUUCAAUUUAAACUGGUUUUGGCGUAGUGCUCGCUCCUGAUGAUGUACGUGUGAACACAAGUAUGUCCACGCACUAAGUCUAAUUAAUUUGUUGUAAGCAUUUAUGCGUGCAGGUGGUGGUGUAAACGCUACAGCGGUUGCUCGCUCCACCUCGCAGCUGCAUCGAUUGGCGACGUCGUACCAAGCGCAAGAACGCGGUCGAUUCUUGAAAGCUUCGGCGCCAGCACAGUCAUCUAGUGGUCAUCGUGUGAUUAGAAAUCAACGGUGCACAUCGUCCUCGGGCCUGUCGCAACUACCGGUUGGUAGAGGCGCCAGCAUCACGACCUUCUUGUGUGAGAAGACCACCGCUUGCCCUAGCCGGUCAGUGAGGGGAGACUUAAUAUGCUUAUGGAGUGGUGGCGCUCCACUUGUUAUACCAAAGAACACAGCCGCAGCACCACGGCGACCGCGUUGCUCUGUGGUUGAGACGAGUUUGUGUCUCCUGCACAAAAAUUAUCUGCUCGAUCGGCAGUCAGGGAGACAGGAGAGGCACAUCUUUACGUACGCCGCUGCAACAAUGUCGUCCUCUGCGACGGAAAGGACUGCAGCUGCGCCGGGUCUUUCCGGUAAGAAUGCGGAACAAGCGCAAGCAGCGGAUAAAAGUGAAUCACCAGGCCCUCCUGUGAAGCGGACGCGCGUGGAGACUCAUCAAAUGUCUGAGUACGCGCAGAGCCAGGUGGACAAGGACUUUGUGAAUUUUUCGAUCGGACAGCCGACGCCCAGCCGCAUUCCGUUGGAAGAAUUUAGGACGGCGCUGCACGAGAGAUUAUCCGGUGGCUGUACCCCCAACGACGAGUCUCCAGACCCGCUGAUGCUCCAGUACGGAGGCACCAGCACGCAUUUGAGCGUGCUGGCGAGCUGGCUCACGAAAGUGCUCGGCUUUCCGGUCCAGAAGAGCGAGCUCUUGUUUACCAAUGGCAACUCCCACGCCAUCCAGUUCGCCGCCCGAGCGCUCUGCAGAAGCGAAGACUUGGUUCUCAUGGAUGACCCCACCUACUUUCUUGUCGGCGACAUCCUGCGGAGCCACUGCAACGUGAAGCUGCUGCCCUGCUUGCCGCGGAUGCUGAACAGUCGUGAAAAUAAUACCGGUGAGAACGAUCGUGCAGAUGGAGAUGCAACUACAUCUACAGAACAAGAUAGCAACUAUAGUAGCGCGCAAGUAGUACAAGUAGGUACUGCGGGCAUGUCACGCUUUGUGGAAGAGCUGGAGGCUUACCUGAAAAACGAUGGGAAUCCGCGCCCUCGCGCUGUCUAUACCAUACCGAUGUAUCAAAUGUAAAAAUGUCUGGGUCUGGAAGAUUGCCAGGUUUGUCAUGCACAUUUUGCAUGACUUCUGAUCUCUGUGAUGCAUGCCCUAGCAUCACAGAUUUUGUGAGGGCUUCCUGAUGCCUAUACCGCAUGACUAGAUCUCCUGCGGCCGUAGCUGCUUGCGGCGACGGUGCAAAGGUUUUCGAUGUGGCGCAGUCGGGUAUGCAUGACAAAUGCUCUGUCCGUGUAGCAAAACUUGGACUCUCUUUGCUGCUCAUGCAAUACAGAUCUUUUUAGAAUCGAAAAUCAGCAUGACCAGUUGGAUUCUUCCAGACCCAGACAUUUUUACAUUUGAUACGAUGUACCACAAUCCGACUGGGGAGUGCCUGUCGGUCCGGGCCGCCAAAAAGCUGGUCCAACUGGCGCACGCUUACGAUUUCUACAUUCUCGCCGACGAACCCUACGUCCUACUGCAGCACAAUGGACGAGGAGGACGUGUCGAUGGAAAUCAGAAAUCCGCGACGACAGCUGGCACCACGGGCGACCGCAAAGAUGUUGAUCACGAAGACGUUGAGCGCGCGAUUCGUACCUCGCUACGGUUUUACGACGGUGAAACUGUGAACGGCGGUACAUCUAAAUCUUCAUCCGCUAGAGUCAUUAGCAUGGGAUCCUUCUCCAAGAUCGUGGCGCCUGGUCUGCGGCUAUGAUACCAAGAAAUAAACUGUGCGCUGCUAGACCCCAUAUCGGCUCCCGAAGUUGUGCACAAGUUGUGCCCGAGCUCUCUCGUCAAGAAUCAGAACGUGGAUAUCAAUUUGAAUUUUUAAUUUUGUCUUUUUCUAUGACUUCGGGUCUAGCCCUGUCUUUGAGUUUCGUAAAUGCGGUGGCUGAGAAGGUGAAGAAACCGAUACGCAGAACUCGACGGGAGAUCUGUUUCGUUUUUGUUUUUGGAUGUGACUGCUGUGGAGCUUCGUUUUGGUCCUCCUUGGCAGGCCACAGUUUUCAUUUCGAUGCCGGCUUGGGUGGCUGCAUGCGGACGCGGAACUUGUGCAGCGUGUGUUUGUGAAGGACCCCGUCCUGGUGUCGGGCGGGGCGCUCAACCCCGUGGCGAGCCUUGGUGUCACGGGCAUGAUCGAAUCCGGACGCAUGGACACCUACCUUGCGAAGCUAAACGAAAUUUACACAGACCGUGCCCGGGUCCUGUGCGCCGAGCUGCAAAGCCGGUUUGGCACCGCGGUCGACUUUCUCCCCCCGACAGGGGGCUACUUUCUUUGGCUCCGUUUUCGGGAUUCGAGGAUGAACACGCACCGAUUUUUUCACGAUUUCCUGAGCCCGAACCGCGAGAAGUACGGGGUCGGGUUCUUGCCUGGACGACGCUGCAGUGUAAAACUUUCCUCGGAGAAUGAAGGAGCCACAAUAGGAGGAACAGCAGGCAAGAACAUUACGGAAAAUACCGGCGCUGGCGGGGGCCCCGAAGAUGACGUAGCGGACGGCGCGCGGGCAAGGAACGAUGGCCACCGCUUUGAUGCGUACUGCAGGCUCAGCUGGGCGUUUUACGAGGCAGAUGAACUCAAGGAAGGUGUGCAGCGGCUUCAUCGAGCCUAUGUGGAUUAUCUGGAAAAUAACCUGACUUGUCGUCAGUAAUGUCAUCGACUCUCGGUGUUGUAAUGCUGAAAAAGAAAACUAAAACGCAAAUGCAAAGUGAAUAAAACGCGCACUCGUCGUCUGGGUCUGCCAUGGGAAAAUCUGUGCAACAUGAGAAACGCCAACGGGCGAAAUUAAUAC